CCUGCUAACUAUCAGCACUUUUUAGCGCUUGUUCUUCACCGUCUAAGCAGCAGGUCCAGACUUGUCCACAGCCGACUGCAGACCAGUUGAACCAGUUCAAAGAUGCGCUGGAACUCUGGUCUGCCUCUCUCCCACAUCUGCUUCCUCCUAGUCGGCCUGGGUGGCGUCCUCAAAGCUACUGGAUUUAAGAUUUGCGCCUAUAAUGUAGAGAAGUUCGACAAAGCCAAGCUAGCCAACUACAGGGCCGUGCACACUUUGACAAAGGUGGCAGCUGGCUGUAAUAUUAUUCUCCUGCAAGAGGUGAUCGAUCCAGACAGUGCAGUCGUCAACAAACUUCUGGCAUCCAUAAACAGGUACUGUGAAAGGGAAAAACACAGGUAUGAGGGGCACACAUAUAAGGCAGUGUCCAGCAAGGAGCUGGGGAAGUCGCCGGGUGACAUGCAGAAAUAUGUUUUCAUCUACAGAGAUGACACUGCUAAAGUGAUGGGUCAAUAUCAAGUCCAGGACAAACAAUCCUUUGCAAGGGAACCAUUUGUAGUGGAGUUUGAGUGUCCCAAAACAGCGAUCAAAAAAUUUGUAUUAGUCCCUCUGCACACUGAUCCGGAUCGAGCUGUACAGGAGAUGGACAAGCUCUACGAUGUCUUUCAAGACAUUGUUAAGAAGUGGAAUAACAAAAACGUCAUGUUCCUGGGGGAUUUCCAUGCCUCCUGUGCCCACAUGACAAAGAAAGACAAGAAGAAAAUCAGGCUGUUCACCAACACCACUUUCCAUUGGCUGAUCAAGGACAAGGUGGACACCACCAUUUCAGAAGAUACCACCUGCGCGUACGAUCGGAUGGUGGUUUAUGGUACAACCUUCCUUAAGUCCAUCAAACCAUACUCGGCGAACGUCUUCAAUGUCGGCAAGACGUUCAAAAUUCCACGGUCACAGGUGGAGCAAUUGAGCGGGCACCACCCAAUCGAAGUGACGCUAAAGAACCACGGGCUUCUUCUGCGGUCGACAUCUCCCCUCCUCCUGCUCAGUUUCGUUGUGGUCGUCCGCUCACUUGUGGCUAGUCUGUGAAUGCAUCUGGGAUUGUACAGCACCUUCCAGUCGAAUUAUAUGGCUUUCAUAACUUUAGUUAUCACAGCAAUCCCUGGUUUAGUCUUGAAUCCAGAUCGUGGAACACAAACUCAAGCCUGUGUAUGUGCCUGCAGAGUAAAAAAGAAUCGCACUCUUUGCAGAGGCACCGACUCUUUUAAAGCUGUCCAUGCUAAAUUAAUAUCAAUAAUACAUGUAAUGCUAACAUAACAGUGUGAAUAUGGUGCCAUACUUGUUUAAAUAUGUAUAUUUCUAAUAUUUGUUAUGAUCUUUGUCAUGAUGGGUCGUUUUGACUGUGUUUUUAAUAGAUAUUCAUUUUAAUGCUUGUGUGAAUUUGUUUUUUUAGUUCAUGAUUUUUGUGGAAAUUAAA